AAGCCAAUAAAGGAUGCAUGCACAAUUGGGCGCCUCCGAGGAACGCGGGGAUACACUAGCGAGCGUAUUCUGUACAUAAGAAACCGAGAACGCUCCGCAGAUGAGGUGCGCCUUCGCUUUCGCCGUUCCGUCGCCCGACUGAGAGUAUACCGCGGACGCAGCCGAGGACGACAACAACAGCUGCUGCUAGACGACACCGCAGCCUUCACGGGCAGCAUGCUCGACGAGAACCUGCCCACAUUCCGGCUCAGGCCAUCGACGGACAACCCGCUCUCGAGCAUUCUCUACUUUUCGCAGAAUGGCGACGAACCGGCGCCCGAGUACGUGCUGCGGCGCGCAGACCCGGCGUUGCCUGCGUCGCGCAACAAGUACGCGGUCGCCCUCUGCGCCGCCCACAACGCCGACGUGGUGUACGGGGAGGUGAUGGUGGAGCCCGAGUGGUCGCAGCCGACGCUGUCCGCGGCCGAGAUCCGUGCCCAGGGCCAGGCCGGUGCUGCCGCCGCCGCACCGGCCGUGCCACUCGUUCCAGACAGCUUCACCGUGCAGCUUUACAACCCGGACCAGUCGGUGGCAGUCAAGAUGGUGCCCGGGUCGUGGGGCAAGAGCGACAGCUGGGAGUUCGAGCUGCCCAUCCAGACGUUCCCCGCGCCAACGGCGAGCGAGCUGGACCGCGAGCAGCAGAACAGCUCGCCGGCUGCGCCCGAGCUGAUCCCGCGCAUCAUGUUCCGGUGGAAGAAGGACGGCCUGCUGAGCAAGGACAUGACCUGCUACAUGUCGGGCAAGAGGCUUGGGGCGCGCAAGAGCAAGGAGCCUGACAUUACCGUCGCGCUGUUCAAGGCCGCCCGCGAGAGCGUCCUGACCGUCUACCAGCCGAACCUGCACCGUGUCGAGCUCGAGGACCGCAAAGGGCUCGAGCUGGUCCUUUUGCUGAGCUCAGAAGUCAUCAGAGAUCUCUGGUUGUCGCCAAAACCCGACUUAUUCAACGUCCAGGGCGGGGCGGGCACGGCAGUCAGCGGAAACAAGAGGAAGAACUCGCGCCCGCUCGCCAGCAGCGCCGCAGCAGCCGUACCGGCCUCCAUGUCCGGCGCCCUGGGGAACGCCCCUCCGCCGCAGCCCGCCGCCCCUUCCGCUGUCGCACCUACAGCGAAGACCGACAUCACCUCUCCUCCAUCCAACCCCGAAAUCGACGCCGAAACGCGCCGCCUGCAAGCCAUGGUGGAGCAGGAGGAGCGCGAGCGCGAGAAGGCCGAACGCGAGCGGGAAAAGGCCGAGCGCGCCGAGCAGAAGCGCAUCAAGCGGAUGAUCGAGGAGGAAGAGAAAGAGCGGCGCCGCCGCGCAGCCGAGGUUGCCAAGGAAACCGAGCGGCUCCGCAAGGUGUACGGCGUCGAAGGGCAGGUCCUCCCCUCCGAGCAACGGCCGCCUGCUCUCCCGCCGCGCGGGCACCAGCAGCACCCGCAUUCUCCUCACUCGCAUUCACCCACUUCCCAUCCCGCCCAACACCACCUCGGCCCUUGGGGCGCUGGCGCCGGCGGGUGCGCCCCGCCGGCGGCACGGCCGGUGAGCGCGGGGCCGUAUUCUCGGCCGGUCUUCCAGCCGCCUCCGUCCGUCCAUCCAGGCCCGGGACCGGGCGCGCAGGGCCCGUUCCACUUCAACACGCUGAAUGCGCUGUGGAAGGGCGCCGCGGGCCAGCUGCAGAAGGUGCAGAAGAAACGGAGUUCGCAUUGGUAGGGUUAGCGUGGCCCGGGGAGCAGGACUGGGUUCGAUUUUUGGAGUCGGCGUUGAUGGUUGGGAAUGUGCAUCGUUGCAGGGCCGGUUCUUACACAGUAGGGUGUGUUUGUGGCUACACUAGACAGCGGUUUUGUUUAUAUGGGGGAUGGCGCGCUUUCGUUGGAUCAUGAUGGUUUUCAGCACGGCAGCGUUCCUGACUUCUUUAAACUUGGAAACUUUCUAGUCAGCCUUGUCGAUGUUUAAGAUUUCCCUCUCGCG